AUGUCUUACAAGCCGAACUUGACCGCGCACAUGCCCGCCGCCCCCCUCAAUGCCUCAGGAAGCGUCCACUGGCCUUCCACUAGCAGGGUGACAUCCUCCCAGAAACGUCAGCUGUUGAGUGACUAUGGACCACCAUCGUUAGGCUGUACCCAGGGAACCGGGAACAGCCAGGUGCCUCACAGCAAAUAUACCGGGCUGCUAGCCAUCAUUGAAGAAAAGGGAAAGGAGAUCAGACCCACAUAUGCAGGGAGCAAGAGUGCCAUGGAGCGGCUCAAACGAGGCAUCAUCCAUGCCCGAGGGCUGGUUCGGGAGUGCUUGGCUGAGACAGAACGCAAUGCCAGGUCCUAGUCUCAUUAGAU